CUCCCGCCCUUCGAGCCCAUCUUCACCCUCCUGACAAACACCACCACCAACACCACCGUCCACCCCCGCGUGCACUACCUCUUCAGCGACGACGACGCCUCCGCCGUCUUCACCGCCCCGCACGCCGACCCCCUGCACCGCGCCCUCGUCGUCGACCUCGCUCCGCCCGCCGCGCCCAACGGCAAAUGGAGCGUGUCCUGGGCGUCGAGCCUGACGCCCGACUUUGCCGUCACGAGCUCGCAGCUCUCCCUCCAGCAGCACGCCGCUGCCGCUGACAGUGGCAACGAUAUACCGGGGUCCACGUCCGUCGUGCUGCGCGUCGAGGGCGUGGAGCGCGAGCCCGUGAGCUCGAGACCGAAUAGCCUUCCUGCUUCCGGGAGCGGCAUCGUCGGGAGGGAGAAUAUCGAGCAGCUUGUUGACGAGUUUAGGCGGCGGAUGGUAGUGCUGAAGAAGGUGGUCGAUGAGGGGGAGAGGCGCAAGGAAGCGAUGGCGAGGACGAAUGAGGGGCUGCAUUCUGAACAGGGAGAAGAUGCA